GGCCCACCUGCACCUGCAAUGCAACGAUCGGUCCCUCUCGAGCAGUAGACGCCCGGUUCCUUGUACUUUGGCACCCCCAUCACGUCGUCUGGUCAAUCUAAAGCUUGGACUUGCAGCCUCCUCAUCGGUCGAUCGAUCGGAGUGACGUGCUGGGGAUUGUAGGUGCAAGCGCGCGCGACAUUGCAGCUACCGAGAAGAAAGCAGAGGGGCAAUCGAGCAGUUGACGGGCGUGCAGCAAUGGCGGGACUUCACUUCUUGCUCGUGCCGCUGGUAGCGCAAGGCCACAUCAUCCCGAUGGUGGACCUGGCCCGCCUCCUCGCCGGCAGGGGAGCGCGAGUCACCGUGGUUACCACGCCCGUCAACGCCGCGCGCAACCGGGCCGUUGUAGAAAGCGCCCGGCGGGCGGGGCUCGACGUCGAGGUCGCGGAGAUCGCGUUCCCCGGCCCGGGGCACGGGCUGCCGGAGGGUCUGGAGAACAUGGACCUGCUCACGAGGAGGGAGCACUUCUUGCCCUUCUUCCAGGCGGCGUGGAAGAUGGACGCGCCGCUGGAGGAGUACGUGCGGUCGCUGCCCCGGCGCCCGGACUGCCUCAUAGCAGACUCGUGCAACCCGUGGACGGCGGAGGUGUGCGCCCGCCACGGCAUCCCGCGCCUGGUGCUGCACUGCCCGUCCACCUAUUUCCUCCUCGCCAUGCACAGCCUGUCCAAACACGGCGUCCACGACCGCGUCGCCGACGAGCUGGAGACGUUCGAGGUGCCGGACUUCCCGGUGCCCGCGCUCGCGAACAGGGCCACGUUCCGCGGUUUCUUCCAGUGGCCCGGAGCCGAGGGCUUCCAGCGCGACGUCGCCGAGGCCGAGGCCACCGCCGACGGCCUGCUGCUCAACACCUUCCGCGACAUCGAGGGCGUCUUCGUCGACCGCUACGCGGCGGCGCUCGGACGGAAGACGUGGGCCAUCGGGCCCAUGUGCGCCUCCGGCGGCCUGGACGCGGACGCCAGGGCCAGCAGGGGCAACCGCCCCGACGUCGACGCCGGCCUUUUCGUGUCGUGGCUAGACGCCCGGCCGCCCUCGUCCGUGCUGUACAUCAGCUUCGGCAGCCUCGCGCACCUGCCGGCGAAGCAGGUCAUCGAGCUCGGCCGCGGCCUCGAGGCGUCGGAGCGGCCGUUCGUCUGGGCCAUCAAGGAGGCCAAUUCGAAUACUGACGUGCAGGCGUGGCUCGCCGAGGGGUUCGAGGAGCGCGUCAGGGACAGGGGGCUCCUGGUCCGCGGGUGGGCGCCGCAGGUGACCAUCCUUUCGCACCCCGCAGUGGGCGGCUUCUUGACCCACUGCGGGUGGAACGCCGCGCUGGAAGCCAUCGCCUACGGCGUGCCGGUGCUGACGUGGCCCAGCUUCUCCGACCAAUUCAGCAGCGAACGGCUGCUCGUCGACGUCCUCAACAUCGGCGUCAGGUCCGGCGUCAAGGUGCCCGCCAUGUUCUUACCCAAGGAGGCGGAGGGCGUGCAGGUGUCGAGCGCCGACGUGGAAAAGGCGGUGGGCGAGCUCAUGGACGAGGGUCCCAAGGGGACGGCAAGGAGAGGAAGGGCCAAGGACCUCGCCGCGAAGGCGAAGGUAACCAUGAUGGAAGGUGGGUCGUCGUACGCCGACUUGACCGACAUGAUCCACCACGUCGCGGUGCUCGGCAGUCGGCAGUAAGAAAAGCCAUGAUCACACAGACUAGAUCACUAGAAUCUACUAGUGUACCAAUGCUAGUGCACAUACUAGAAUCUUGUUCUACUAGUGUACCUGGAGCUAUUCAAAAUUGCUUAUUGUACCUUUCUCUUUCUAUAUGUUUUGAAACACCGUAUCCACACGGACCAUUUGAUCUCCACUCAGUUAUGAUCAUCCACCUUAAAAUAA